AUGCAGCGCCGCGAGGACCUCGCCGCCCCCGGCCGCCUGGGCAGGGCCCCGGGCCCGGCGGCUCCCCCGGGCCGCCUCCAGUCGCCUCAGGCCGCCGCUUCCCCGAGGAGGCCUCCGCGGGGCGGAGGUGGCGGGGUGCGCGGGCCCCAGCCUCCGCCCCUGCUGCCGCCCUCGGCCACCGGCUCGGCUCCGCCGGCCCCCAGCGUCGUCCCUACCCCGCUGAUUCCCGGCGCCGGGUCGGCGGCCAAGGCCGAGCCCGAGAACAAGUACCUGCCCGAACUCAUGGCCGAGAAGGACAGCCUGGACCCUUCCUUCACCCACGCCAUGCAGCUGUUGCAAGCCGGUAAACGCCCCUGCCGCGGGGGAGGGGAGGGGAGAGGGGCCGCCGACACUGUGGCGGCUACUCGGCUGAUUUGGGGGUGGGGGUGGGGAGAUGAGUCCCAGCGUCCGGUAGAAUAAUAAUAAUAGUAAUGGAAAGGUGGAAUGCCUGAAUCCAUCCACUGGAAUACUAGAGUACAAAUUAGUAAGCCCCCCCGCCAAUCUGUUAGUCUGACAUCCUUUACUUUUCCAGGCGUAUACUUAAAAAUGUAAUCAAUUAUAAAGGUGUAUGAAGAAGGCCAUAUGUGCCCUAACUUUUCCCCUCAGUAUAAGUUGUGGUAGGCUAGAACCCAUUUGAUCUGGUGCUGAUCCUAUUUGUUGAUCAGACUUAACAGGAUGGGAGAACUCAGGCAGUUUAUACCCUAGUUAGUUGAGCAAAUUCGUUGUCUCUUCCUCUUCCCCGCCCCCAAACCCCCAUCCUGUAUUCUUGUCAAGGUUGUAAAACUGCGCUCCUUUGCCAUUUUAAAUAAACUCCCACCCCAUGUAACUCAUCUGCUUACAUAUAUUUGCAAAUGGUAGGUGUGGCAUGUUGAUGGUCUGAAUAAAGGAAUACUGAACAGAAACUGCUUUUCUAGUUUAGAUAAUUUUUCUUGCCUGGUUUAUGGUGGUAAUUCCUAUUUUCCAUAGGCAAGUGACUGUUAUACCCUUUGAGUAGGGUUCAAAAUUAGCAGUGCGCCAGGCGCAUUUCGCUCCUAAAGAUUGUCCAUUUGCAAGCACCUCAAAAAGUCUGGGUGUCAUUUUUUGCACCUGGCUGACACUCAAGGAUUAGUGAAAUGUAUGCGCUUUGAAGCCUCGACGUGUAUGUUAAGGAUUUACAAUAUGUUAUGGAGUUUAACAAUAAAGAGUAGAGUGUUUUGAAAACUGAAGUAUGGUACCAAUAUUUUUGUUGUAAACAUUAAAUAUAUAUUAACAACUUAAUUCAAAAACGUGAUACCAAAAUAACAAAAAGUUUCGCCAACCUCCCCAAAUGGUGACUAGACAUUCUGUUUUGGUGCCCACAAUCCAGGUCCUAGGAGCCAUUUGGCUCCUAGCUUUUCUAUCCCAGUUUCUAACACUGCCUUGGAGAGCAUGCCUAUGAGUGGCAGAAAGUGUAGUAAAGCAGGAAAUUGGAAGUUUCUUAACAUGGAGUCUGAGGCAUGUAAUCUUUCAUGUAGUGAUGGAAAGGUGGGCCUUACCUCCAGAAUCUUGUUUAUCCAUAUACUGUAAGUGGUUCUGAGAAAGGGAAGACAAAUGUUUUCAAAUGGAGGUGUGAAAGUACAUAGAAUGACAGAAAUGGUGAUGAGGACUAUAAUAGUGAUCGCCAAGGUAGAAGUAGAGUUCAGGGCUCCUGUUAUUCUAAUAGUGAUGCAGAGGUGCAGCUUUUCUUGACACAAGUUCAAGCUGUACCUGUUGAAAGUAUCCUACACUACUUUACAUCUGUUGGGAAAGGCUCGUUUAGGUAGUUGGCAGGCUGUGUCAAUUCUCUGCCAUCCUCUCUUGGAUCUGGAAGUUGUGGACGAGGAAGGGGAACUUGAGAAGCUGCCUCAGUGUCAGAUCUUUGGCCCCUCUCGUUCAGUAUUGCCUACACUGACUGGCAGCAUCUCUCUAGGGCUUCAGAUGAAACUUUCCCACCCUUACCUGGAAAUGGUGGGCAUCCAGUCUGAGUAUGUGCUCUACCACUGAGCUCCAGCACUUCUGCUUAGUGUCUGUGUCUUACUAGUCAGGCGGUAAUGGUUAAAAAAAACCCCAGUUAAUUUGCAUGUAGUGUUGGUCACCUCUUACCCUUGUCAAGCUGGAGAAAUUACAGUGGUUUUCUGCUCAGUGAAGUCUAUAGUGGCUCUAGUGUAUCUGUUAUGAAGAUCAGUACUAGUGGCACUAUUAGCCUUUAUAAUGUGAUAGUGGGUACAGAAAUGCCAUCUAAGUUGGUGGUCAGAGGUAGACUUAGAGAAUUGGACCCUAGAAUUUCCACCCAAGUAUUGGGAUUUUUCUUUUUUUAUUCCAGGAGAUUUCAAGCAGAGCAUUCUGUGUAUCUCUCCCCUUCCCCUCUUGCCGAGACAGAGGGCUUUGUAAUCUCAUUGCUAUGCAUAUCUGUAUUUGUCCUUGUUUCCAGUGAAACUAUUAAAUAGAGUGGAAAUGGCAGUCUUUGUCUUGCUAGCACCCUCCUUCCCCAUCUUGACAGUGUCUAAUCGCCUGCUGUAGCCGUAUCACCACAGUGCAGCUGCUGUGCUUUCAGGCUUUCACUAUAUCAAGAGAACAACUGUUUGGAAAUAACCAGUCAGAAUUUAGAACAAAGGGGAAUGCUAGAUUUUUGACUUGUGAGUAAGGUGAGGAACAUUCUUGAUCUAAGAACUAAUUAACUUUUUAAAGCAGAGUUCAUGUGAUUAAGGCAGAUUUCUUUGCUUUUUGAAACAGUUCAGAGGUGCUUUGAUUUAAUCUUGCUGGAUGACGGGCCUGCUUCAUUGCUUUAUUUCUCUGCGAAUGAGAAGCUUCAUGUUGUAUUGCUCUGCAAGAAGCAGUGCUUUUUUCUGUGGGUACUCAGGGGUACUCAAUAUUGGCACCCCAAAUGUUAAAAGUGUUGCACUUACUGUAACAAUUUUAUGGUGAGUACCAACUUUUUUUUUUAAAGCAAUGGCAAGAACAAUAAAAGUAAAGAAAUUGUAUCAGUAAAGAAUCUUAAUUUGAGAAUGAAGUCAAACACCCCAAACAGUAAAUUCUACUGUUGUAAAAACAUUUAUACAGUAACCACAGGCAGAAGAGCUUUCUAGACUCUUCCUUUAUUCCACAGAUAACUCUAAGUACAUAACUAAUUUAUUAAUUGCAAGAGUUAUUGUUCUAGUUGUCCUAUAUUUUUAUGUUCCAAACAUUUUAGAAAAUCCUAGACAAAUUAUAUGUGAGCCAGCAGAAGCCUCACAGCUGGAGAAUUCAAAUCAAUAUGUGAAAGUUGCUUUGCAACCAACCUCCUGUUUCUUGGCCCUUGCUGUCCCCUUGGGUCACCUGGCCACAAUGCCCAAUUAUGGCAGAAAGUGCUGUCAGGGUCUCAAGUUUAGACCACAACCUGCAAUCCAAGAGAUGUGAGACACCUCAGCCUCAUUUUUGCUACCUUAUUCUUCCAUCUCUUCUGAGUUCCUUCCUGUUAGUUUUUUAAAAGUGCUCCCCCCCCCUUUCUGUGUAGUUUCAAAAAAACUGGAAAGGGCAGUACUUGAUUAGAAUUAAUUGAUUGGGCUUUUUUUCUUUUUACUGGUUGUCUGAUGGGAGAAAAAGUUAUUUUCCUCAGCUAUUUGAGAACAGAUUGGUAGACCUAUAUGUGUGUAGCUAUAACACACUGAAGAAUUUGGUAAAAUAAAAAUAAUCUGUACUAGAGAAUAGCCCUAUCACACAUAUUAUGGCUUCCUUAUGAAUAGAUCUGAUAAGGUUGGAACUUCUAAACUGAGGGGAACAUGGUGAAAGUUUAUGCAAGGUGCUUUUUAUUCCAGAUUAAUUAAACCAGGAUACUUAUUUAUUUCCUUCUGCCCAUCAUUGGCUUUAGCUCCAUCCACUGCCAACCAGCAUGUUUCCCACUCCUGCUUUAGACCAUAAGUCUCUAUGUGGCAGCCACAGGUGCAAUACCAAUGGAGGGACCGCCAAAGAACCUAUGAAAUCCCUGCAGUCCCUUCCUCCUCUUACACCAGGCUUCCUCAACCUCAGCCCUCCAGAUUUUUUUUGGCCUACAACUCCCAUGAUCCCUAGCUAGCUGGACCAGUGGUCAGGGAUGAUGGGAAUUGUAGUCUCAAAACAUCUGGAGGGCCGAGGUUGAGGAAGCCUGUCUUACACCAAUCUCAACCUUUACAUCAAGGUAAUGAUGGAGCAAAGCUCUGCCCACUUCUUCCCUUGGCUGUAUGUACUUUUUAAGGUUGAGAUUGAAGCCAGGCUCCCAAGCACAAGAACCAGCUUUCAUGGGCAGUGACCCAGCCAACAGAUCCAGGGCCCUGGGAUGGGAGGCAGGGAGGAGAGCAGAGUGACGUGGGGGGGCAGGUCUUAAAAUGCUAUUCCAAUAGCACAAUGAGUAGGACAAAUGCUACCCUAGCUUAAAUAAAUUGAUGCAUUGUUCGCAUCCAUUGUAACUCCAUGAGGACCCAUGACUUGCAUAAGUGUUCUUGUGCCAUGGUAAUACUGGAAAACACCAGACUGGUUUUUAUAGAACUGCUCAGUAACAACACCUAUGUAAAAUUUUAUUUGAUUGUGGUUGAGUGGGCCAGUUCCCAUGUAAGAAACAUGUAGUUUCAGUAUUCAUUUUUUUCAUUUACUAGAUCUGACUCUAUGCCUUUGUGGCAGCCAUUUUAUGAUUUGAUGACACCCCCCAUGGCAGCCAUUUUGUGGUGGUCCCCACCACACACUUUUAAAGUUCCCAGUGUGUCAGUGGAGUUGAAAAGAUCAGGGAUUAGAGAAGUUGGGAAGCCCUGCUUUAGACUUGUACUUCCUAGCCUCUUUUUACCAACAUGCUUUCUUCCUGUUAGUAGUGUACAGUCCCUGCUGUGUCUAUGACCUCUGGUGAGUAAUUUGCAUCAAAAAACUGUUGCCCUAAAGGUGAUCUAAUUAAGCAUGUUUAGUUUACUUGUAUUUAUUAAACAAAGUUAAAAACUUUAAAACAGCCAGGGUUGCUGAAUAAUAUUGUAUUUGCAGUUGGCUUUCAUUCACUCUUACUAACGAACUUAAAAGCCAACCAUUUCCGGGGGGGCGGGAAUAAAGCAGUAAAAAAUUCCAUCCCUACCACCUGCUCUGUCCUACUUUUUGCCAUCCUGCCUCUUAGCCAAACUCCUCCUCUUUCCUUUUCCCAAUGAUAUACAACCCCUUCUGUAUACAAUGUGAAGUUUCUUUGGAGCCUUCUCAUGUCUUGUCUUUCACCUGUUUUUCUAUUGGAUUCUUUCCAAAUAGAUUGCUCUUUCUUCUAUCAGCAACUUGCUUCUGAUUUCCUUGUCUCUUAGUUCCCCUAUAUCCAAGGGAGUAUGCUUAGUCCUUAUUCUCCCGUAAAUGAAGUUCUGAUUCUAGCCAACUUUACAGCUUUUACUUUCUGUGCAAAAGUUAUACUGUUAUUCAGUUAUUUUAAGUUCAUUGAGAGACUGGACAAUAUAAAUUUAUAAUUUUCUAUAAAACAAUAAAAAAGGUCAUAGAUCAAUAGGUCUACAGUAUUUCUGGUUAAAUUAUGGUACUGAUAUAUAUUUAUCUAAACCGAUUGAUUGUGCUUCCUUGAAACUAUGCAAGACUAGCUCUUAGAAUUUGUCCAGUCUAGCAUAUACUGUAGCUUUUAAUUCUUUCAUCAGCAUUGCCCUCUGGCAGUCCCUUAUUCCGGGCCUUUUUAGAAUCCUCUUGAUGGAGCCAUAUGAGUGAAAUAUAACAUUGCUAAUUCAUGCACAGAGAAUGGUGUUCUGACCUUGUUUAGCAGAGUGCUGGGUAUAUGAGUGGGAGUUGAAAUAAAAUAUUAUUACAUCUGCCAAAUAGCCUUCUGGCUAGAUAUAUGCUUUUUUUAAAAGGUAGGAGUAAAAAUCCAUUUGUCCAGGUGGCAAAGUAUCUGCAAUGUGUUGAUUGUUUUGUGCAUUAAAGACUAGACUAGGCCUUGUAUUUAGUUACAUGAAACAAAUGGAGGUGCCAUAUUUUCCUUUACAUUUGGACUUUGUCUAAAAGGUAGGUGCUCACACACUGCUGCACUGCAGUUGGCCAUGGCUUUUCAGCAGUGGGGAACAUUUCUGCCAGGUUUGGGAACCUUUUGACUUCCAGAUGUUGCUAAACUACAAUUCCCACCAUCCCUGACUGUUUGCUGUGCUUGCUAAGGCUGAUGUAGUUCAGCAACAUAUGAAGGGCAAAAAGUUUCCCACUCCUGUUAAAUGCAGAAGAAUAGGAGUGUAUGAGGAUCCUAUGAGUAUGUAAACACUUUCAUAUACAAAAGCCUUGUUAACAUAAGAAAUGUAUCAGUUUCAGGUACCAGUAUAAUAUUUUGAGCAUGUGGAGCUAGUUACCCUGGUUUCAUGGGCUCGUGAACCUCUGAGAAGUUCUGGGCGGUUUCCUGGCAGGGUCAGCAGUGCCACUGUAGGGCAGCUUCAGCUUGGAGAGCUUUUACAGCAACAGCUGGAAAUCUAAAAGUGUCGCUUUUGCGUUAGAAAAGUAAUAGCAUCAGAGAAUGUCCAUCUAUACCUUUCUGGAAGCUUCGUUUUGAGUUACUCCAGAACAGGUUAUUUCCAAGCAAGUUUGUUGAGAAACAAAAGGAAUUUGUUUCCGUUGGUGAGACACUCGUCCACAUCUGCACAUGCAUGUCUAUGGGGGAGUAAGAUGGUGUCUGCAGUCUUCUGCAGCCCCCAACCAGGUCUGGAGGCUUUUGGCAAAUCAAUUAUCAGCCUUUUGGUAAAUAACCUAACUCAUCCGUAGUUCAUUAUGGAGUUUGAGGUCAAAAUGUUACAGCAAGGCUAGUUAUUCCUUAAAAUAGAAUUUAUAUUGUUCAUGCACAUUGAUGCAUAAAACUCUGUUUCUCCUGGUGAAGGCAAUCUUUUUCUAAAAUGUAGUUCUUAACAGAAUAAAUUGGUUUCUGUGCUUGAGUAAUUCUCUUAGCAAUGUUGAACAGCUUGUGGUUUAAAACCUUUAUUCUUCAUGCAAAAAAAAAAAAAAUCAAGAAAUUUUAGCAUGCUUCGGUGACUUCUAUGAAAAUCAAUUUAAUAUUCAAAGAGCCUGAAAUAUGGGUUAGAAGGGCUCUUCAAGGUCAUUUAAAUGAAAGGGAAAAAAGUAAAACCUACUGAUCAAUUUCUGUCUUUUUAUCUUGAAAGUUUUUUGGGGGGGUUUACUUUGGGUGGGCAUCUUGCAUUCAACCUGAAGAUACUUAUUGGUCCUAGUAUUUUUACUGUUGGACUGACUUUUGUUCCAUAGUUGCUGAGUAAACUCUUAGAGCAGGGGUCAGCAAACUUUUUCAGAAGGGGGCCGGUCCACUGUCCCUCAGACCUUGGGGACGGAAGGACUAUAUUUUGAAAAAAAGAAUGAACAAAUUUCUAUGCCCCACAAAUAAACCAGAGGUGCAUUUUAAAUAAAAGGACACAUUCUACUCAUGUAAAAACAUGCUGAUUCCUGGACCGUCUGCAGGCUGGAUUUAGAAGGUGAUUGGGCCGGAUCCGGCCCCUGGGCCUUAGUUUGCCUACCCAUGUCUUAGAGUUUCUGUGACUUAGGUGUUUUCCUUCUUGCAUCCUUGGAAAACUUUGGGCUUUGUUUAGAGAAGGCCUACCCAAAAAGUAGUAUUAUCUUCUUGAAAUUCCUAUAUUUCCUUCAGCCUGUCAUAGGGAAGGCCUUGGAACUUGGCAAGCAGCCCAGUCGUGUCACUUGCAAAUUGAGAGCUUGCCAGUUACAUUCUUGGACUUCCUUUUAGUGCAAAUACACACAUCUUCAAAUAUUUGAUGUCACAACCAGAGCAGAAAGGGAUCGUCCUGUUACAAAAUUGCCUGGUUAAGACAGUCGGGCAAGCAAGAAAGGGAACAGGCAAGAAAGAACACCAGAAUGUUUUCCAUUGCAGCAGACGUGGUUGGCUCAGAAUUGGGGGGUGUUCUGGUGUGGCAUGGGUCUGUAGAGUUUUCUUAGAAAUGUUUGCGGGAGAACUGGAUAAUAACUGGCUCCCACAUGGCUACUGCCUUAACAAAAUGCAGUAGGUAAGAUGUUGCUGGGAGCAAAUGAGAAAAGCUACAAAGUAGCAAAACUGUAUAAAAAGCAGCUCUCUCCCUUUCACUUCUGUUUAGAAACAGUUAGCUAACAUAAGUGCAUAUAGGACAAUGAUGUUUGUUUGUUUAUUUAUUUGGUGGGCCUAUUGGCUAGGUUGCAGAAAAAUUGAGUUUGGGGCUCACUUGCACAGUCCUGUACCUUGAAUGGGGGUGUGUGUGAUUCUAGAAAAGCUGCCUUUUGUACCUGCUUUUACAUGUGCAUCCUGUUGGGUUUUUCUUUUUUUAAAAAAGUUUGAAGUGCUGUCUCAAUUGUAUGCUUUGUCUUGUUUAGAAAUCGACAAAAUUCAGAAAGGUGAAUCAAAGAAAGAUGAGGAAGAGACCUAUCUGGACCUGUUUUCUCAUAAGAACAUGAAGCUGAAAGAACGAGUUCUCAUCCCAGUCAAGCAAUACCCUAAGGUGAAGGCCAGCAAAUGCCUUAUUAAUGUCCUGUAAAGGGAUGCUUAUGACAAGUUCCACUCACAGCAGCUGUUUGCUUUGAGCUGUCCUGAUUGCAUUUAUUGCUGUUGUUAAAUAUUUCCAAGGCGUUUCUGCUGUAUUUUCUUUUGUGUUUGUAGCAGGCCAGCGCACAGGCUUAUGAAGGAUAUUUAUUGUACUUGAAAAUGUUUAUUAUUGGCAAAUAUAUAUAUAUUUCAUUCCUUGAGCAUAUGGCACGUCACAAAACAUAAGAGGACAGGUCCCUGCCCUGAGGGCGUUAGAGUCUGAAUUUGCCAUAGCAAGAAAAAAGAGAGGAGGGGAGACAGUGAUAUACAUGGGGGAAAGGGGCCAUAUAUCAGUUACAGUUAGGUAGUAAGAGGAGAACUAGAGUUGUGCCACAGAAGUGGCAUUGCAUAGAUCAGGGCUUUUUGUGCCCCCCUAAAGUCUUGUCAUUUUCUUUAAAAAUAGACAGGGAAACCAUCUUGACUGAUCUGGCUGUGAUGUCAAAAGGCUUUUGUUAGGGUUACCAACUUUUAAAAAAUAACAAUUUCAAGAUAUUUUUUUACUAGCAGUUUCUCUAGGUUCCCCAUUGUGAUGUCAAAAGAUUUUUUUUUUUUUUGAGGGGUGUCCCUAAUGCCCCCUAAUUAGUCCAACUUUUUAAACAACAUAUUUUAUACAUGUAAGUUUACCGAGCAUUCCCACAAGCCCCCAGAUGUGAAUCUGUGAUACCAAAAGUCUUUUGCCGCCAAGCCACCUUUCCUCCAGUGUGUUCUUUUAAAAUGCAAACACUUUCACUAUGCACACUUUGAUAUGCUUGAUUGCUAACUUACCAGAAUUUGGAUCAUUCAUCCUUUGGUUUUUUUCUAGAAGGCCAAAAUGAGUACAGUUUAAAAUUUCGGGAAACUUAUAAUUGCUGAUCCUAGUCAUUACAGUAUAAAUUUUAAAGUAACUUAAUUCAGUUUUUGAAACUAAGAAAAAAUCUGUUUCUCUCCCUUUAGUUUAACUUUGUUGGGAAGAUCCUGGGACCCCAAGGCAACACCAUCAAGCGACUGCAGGAAGAAACUGGAGCAAAGAUAUCUGUACUGGGGAAGGGGUCAAUGAGAGACAAGGCAAAGGUAGGGGCACUGGGCUCAAAUUACAAGUACUUUUGUGUGUUUUAGAACUCUGGCUUUUUUUCAUAGAUAGUUGGGUUGGCCGUUGCAUCCUCUCCCCGUUUGUUGACCACACCUUGCCUUUAAGUAAAAGUGUUGUGUUAGGUACCUUUUAAAAAUGCAUUAAUGACUUAGAACUGCAAAAUCCCCAGGAGUGAGUACUUGUUGUUUUGCCAUUAAUCACAGAAUGAGCAGGCAGCUGACUAACAGAAUUCAAUAGUCUUUUCUAAUACAACCAGUGUCAAGUGUUUGUUGUAUCUAGGCUAUGUAAAGAAAAGAGAUUCAUAGAGCAUCACAUCAAAGUUGAGCUCUUGCUUCUCACGUUUCCAUGUGACUUUGAAGAGGGCAUCUAACUAAAAUCUUAACUUUUUAAAAUUGUACUUGUGAAGGCUACUGUUAAGCCUCUAGAUUGUUUAAAGCCAAGUAAGUAAAUCUUGAGUUUAUGCUAGUCAGGAUUUUUCAUUGCCAAGUAAGUGAGAAGAGAAAUAAAUGAAUGAAUGAAUCUUAUUGGAAGCCCUUUUUUCAUAUUUCUUUGGAAUAUCAGUUGGCAAAAUUAUUUGGAGUCAAUAUAAGGAAGCAAAAGUUUAGGGCCAGGACCAUAUGGGGAUAACUAGUUUAGGGUUGGCACAGGUAAAUAAUCUUUUAAGUAAAACUAAUGUUAGACUUUGUUUUGAUUCCUGUUUUUAGAAUUAUGUACUAGGAGGCAUAAAUGAAAGACUGUUGUUGGGGUCUGAGAUUUCUACCAAAAUGUCUAGUCCUGUACUUGUGUUUUAUCCUGCCACCUUUAUUUGCAAAUAGGUGAGCAGUUGCUGUUGCAGUCAUUGGGUGUGAGGAAUCCACUUGUGUGUCCAUGUCCAAGCACAGAGCAGUCUCAGCUUAAAAAAAAGUUUCCAGAUUAAAAGUAUGGGUGGGCAGUUAAUUGUGCACCAAAAGAUUAGCACCACUGGCUAGUAAAGCAAGUGCUGCCACAAUUACAUGGGCCUCUCCAAAUGGCAGUAAAAUUCACCUAGGUCAAACAGUCAUGAAAGUCAUUAUUAGCCCAAUAAAAUAACUCAAGGAUUGAAGGGUCCAGAGCUGCAGCAACAGCCUCCUAAGCCUUAGUAGUUAGUUCUGUCACGAGCAUAUGGAGCCCUUCAAUAAGGUGUUGAAUCCAGUUUCACACAUGCAAACUGGAAGCAAUAGUAAAAUUACCUUACAGCAGGCUUCCUCAACCUCAGCCCUCCAGAUGUUUUGAGACUACAAUUCCCAUCAUCCCUGACCACUGGUCCUGCUAGCUAGGGAUCAUGGGAGUUGUAGGCCAAAAACAUCUGGAGGAAGCCUGCCUUACAGCGAGCAGGUAAGAAUGAUCAAUUUUUUCUUUGAGAACAAGGGAAAGAUGUGAGACAUAAUCCCAACGCUUCAUUCCUUUAAGCAUCUUAGAAUUUGUCUCUGCUUCCUGGGAAAAAAUUCUGAGAGGUUGGUGGCAUCUAUUUGCAGAUGUGGAAAAGCAACACUUGUCUCUUUAUGUGAGCAACAGGAAGGCUUGUGUUCUCUUUUAAAACCUCUAGCCAUCUACUGUAACAGUUGUUUGUUUUUCAGGAGGAAGAACUGCGCAAGGGGGGUGACCCAAAGUAUGCUCAUUUAAAUAUGGACCUGCAUGUCUUCAUUGAAGUUUUUGGGCCACCCUGUGAGGCUUAUGCUCUUAUGGCCCAUGCCAUGGAAGAAGUCAAAAAGUUCCUUGUUCCGGUACAUACCACCUUCUUUUUCUAAAAUGUUCUGCGUAAUGACAUGUUUGGCCUUGGCAAGGUGUGUUCAAGUAGAACAGAUUGUGGCAAAGCAUAUUCCACAGAAUAAGCUCAGUCAGAGAGAAAAAGGAGAUAAUGUUUUGAAUAAGGCAGUACUAAGUAUUGACAAUUCAAUCACCGGAGCUGAACAAAUGCUUCGUUCCAAAACUUAAUUGCAGCCAACCCACCUGUGCAGUUGGAUAUCUUUCUGCAAAAAUGACUCCCAAGCAGACAUAGAUACGAAAAAAGUGCUAUUUUGAAAAAAGUGUUGGGUUGACUUUUAAAAAUUAUAAUCUUAGAGAUUUUGCAACAGUUACUUAAGAAAGGCUAUUAACGGGUCAAAAGAUCGGACUCUAGGGAAGAUGCUAUCAAGAGAUUGGCUGCUCCAAAAGUUGUCAGGACCUGAAUUUUAUUUGCUAACACCUGCAAAUGUUUUUUUUGUGGGGCGGGGGGACCACCUGAUCUUUUAUUCAUUUUAGAGAACCAAGGAUUCUAAUAUCUGGAUUGCUGGUUUGGUUUUGCCUUCUGAAAUUUGUUACAUGAAUUGUAGGUGCAGUUGAGCUCUCUGAAAUGGAAACUCCUGCUGAGGUUUCAACUCAACUAGAGAAGGGAACUUUAGCUCUAAUGCACCAUUUUAAGACUAGCUGGGGGGUUUUCACCUCGGGUUUAAUAUCUGUCUUGAAAAGCAGAAAGACCUUUCUAGAAAUAUUCAGAAAUGACUAGCUUUCAUUAUUCAUCAGCAGAGGAAAUUGUUGGAUCUCAUGUUCUAAAGGUGUGAGGUGUGUAUGUGCACGCAUUGUGGAGAGUACACAGGAAUUUGGGGGUGGGGGUUGUCUUAGUUACCCCUGUUGAGCUGAGCUUCUAGGUAGGGAAUUGUAGAAGCCUCUUGGACAGGCAUUGCUGUGCAGCUAAAGCAGAACAAGAGUUCCAUGUCUGCCCUGCUGUGGAUAACAAUGGACUUCUGAUACAUUUGUUUUUGUUCUAAUGCACACAACACAAAAUGGCUGUGACUGUCUCAGUUUUGAAUAUGGUGCACAAAGGGGUAGAGCUACAUAGACACUGCAUGUAAGGUUUGUGGAGCUUUGAAGGCUUCCACGUAUCCAAAAGGAUACAAAAGUGAUCGCUCUUCUUUGAAACCAUCUGUUCCUUUUGGUUUGCCAAAACCACCUCCUAUCUUUUAACACUUUACUGUGUUACUGUUGCACCCCUCCAACAGAUUGGCAUCAGUGACUGGAUUCCCUACUGGAUUUAGGGAGUGAAAUGCUUUUGCUCUGCUGCUAAUCCCUCCACAGAUUGCCUGAAAUUGUACCCCCUGGAGAGUGCAGAAUGCACAGAGCAGGGACAGAAGUGGAAAGAGGCAGCUUAGAGUUACUGGUGAGCAUUUGCUCUUUGGACUGAAACCAUUUCCUGCCUCCUCUGAAUGGGAACAAGAAAUUUAGGUUGCUAAGGGAGCCCACUUCUCAGAGCAUUUGACAGGCAGGAAGGCCAGCUGUUCUACAAGGGUGCAGAGGAUGUUUUGUGGCAGCUGUUGUGACUUAGGCAACUCCUGCCCACAGUACUCACCUAUGCCUUUCCAAACAGAACUGUUGUUAGCAGCACAAAAACCCAUUUCAAAUAAAAUGAAUGAGAUUUAUUUUAUUUUAUUUGCAUGGCCUAGAAAUUAAUUCCCUCUGUUUUUGCUUAGGAUAUGAUGGAUGACAUCUGCCAGGAGCAGUUUCUGGAGCUGUCUUAUCUCAAUGGUGUGCCAGAGCCAACACGAGGUCGAGGGAUUCCUGUACGAGGAAGGGGAGCUGUGCCCCCACCUCCACCUGUUCCUAGGUAACAAAUGGAAAUGUUGCUGGAGAUGAGCUCUUGCUGGUUGCAGUUGCAUCUUUAAGCAGUAAGAUUGUGCUUCUGAUGGUUUGGGGAGGUGGGGAAGCGAUAUGGGCUUAAUGGCUGUUUCAAUUUUUUUUUUAGUGUGUGGAGUGGGGCAGCCUUGCUGAACAGGUGAGAGGCAAUAGAAAAGGCACUCAGUCAUAUUUCCCAUAGGUGGUGGGUUUUGAGUCUUAGUUUACUCUCGCAGUUGCAAGCUUUUUCUUGUUCAGCAUGUUGACAAUACCAGAUCUUUGAGGGAGUUCAUGAAUUGUCCAAUAGGGUGGUGGCCCAUUAAUUGUAGACCAUCUUUAAUUAUUCCUAAACUUUAUGGUCCUGCCAAUGCAUUCUGCACUAAGCAAGGAUAAAACGAGACUUUUGAAACUUUGGUUUUCAUUUAAGAAAGUUUCCAACCCUUGUUUCAGAUAGACAGUUGAAUGUUUUCUAAGUCUCUCAGGCCAGGUGGAUAUAGCUUUAAGUGCCUUUCACAGCUGCCUUUGCUUUGCUCUUUGCUACUUUAUCUUAACCCUUCUUGACCUAGACAUCACUGCUCCAUAAAAUUGCUAAUCUGCUUACCUACAUCUGUGCAUCUGCCCCUUACUUCAUGUCUUUCCUAUAUUAUGUUUCCCUUUGGCAACUCCUGUCCUUAACAUUAAAAACCCCCACUAAUUAUUCAACUUGUUUUUAUUACUGGUUGUUAGCCGCCCUUAGCCCGGUCUUGGCUGGGGAGGGCGGGGUAUAAAUAAAAAAUUAUUAUUAUUAUUAUUGGAAAUCCAAAUAUCAGAAGCAGCCUCAGUUGUGUAGGUUUUUCCAUACACAUCUUUAUAUAUAUAGAAACUGGGCUGUAUGAACAUCAAGUGAUAAUGCUUCCUCUCUCCUUCGCUUCCAAAAACUACUUUGUGCUAAACUUAGAAGACUAUAAAGGCCCAUUUCUGUUUUGAGAUCUCUUGGGCCUUUUGCAUUGACAGCUGAUGCUGCUAGUUUGGCUUAUCUUUGAAGUGAUUCUGGUAGGUACUUAAAUCUUUGCUACUUGCUCAAUCCAAGUUUCAUAUUUGGGCAUUUUUAGCUCUGUCUCCGUACAUCACACAGCAAAUUUUACUAGAUUUAAUUUUGUCAUUCAUCUCUGCUGCUAGGCCUCUGCAAACUGAGCAUCUGUAUAGACAACAGAUUAGAUUUAGUGGGUGUCCAGAGCAUGGUUGUGUGCAGAUUGUGUGUGCCUGCUAACUCUUCUGUCCCCUUUUUAUAGGGGACGUGGCGUGGGACCUCCACCACCACCUCCACGUGGAGCUCUUGUGCGGGGGGCCCCAGUGAGAGGUGCCAUUGCAAGAGGAGCAGCUGUGGCCCGGGGUGUUCCCCCUCUUCCAGCAGUGAGAGGUGCCCCUGCACCAAGAGCUCGGGCAGCCGGCAUUCAAAGAAUACCUCUUCCUCCCCCUCCUGCACCAGAGACCUAUGAAGAUUAUGUAAGCAGUUUUUAACUUUCUGAGAGGAGGGAGAAAGUCUGAUAACAGAUUACUUGUGCCUAAAAACUUUGGUUUAUCCACAACACCCAAGAUUAUACAUACGUAAGAACACAGAGAGCAUCCUUUGUCAGAAUCAGAUGACUGGUCUGUCUAGCACAGUAUUGUCAGCAGUGAUUGACUGCAAUUCACUAUGGGAUUUCAAACCAGGGUCUUUCCCAGCACUGCCUAAAGAUGCUGGGGAUUGAACCUGGAACGUGCAAGCAAAUAGCCUGCUCCUCCCCCAGAGUUAGACCUUUUUUGACCACAUUAACACCUUACAUUUUCAAGCACUAUGAUAUCACUUUAAACAAUCGUGCCUUCUCCCAAAGAAUUAUGGGAGCUACUGUUUGUUAAGGGUGCUGAGAGGUGUUAAGAGCCCCCACCCAUUCACUUCACAGAGCUGCAAUCUUCAGAGGGUUUAACAGUCAGUCCCUCUUCCCAGAGAAUUCUGAGAAUUGUAGCUUCCUGAAUAUGGGUCUCCUAACAGCUCUCAGCACUCUUUAACAGACUACAUCUCCCAGAAGCCUGAGAAAAGCUAUGACUAUUUAAAGUAAAAUCAUACUGUUUUAAAUACAGUGGUACCUCGGGUUAAGAACUUAAUUCGUUCUGGAGGUCCGUUCUUAACCUGAAACUGUUCUUAACCUGAGGUACCACUUUAGCUAAUGGGGCCUCCCGCUGCUGCUGCCACGCCGUCGCCACGCGAUUUCUGUUCUCAUCCUUAAGCAAAGUUCUUAACCUGAGGUACUAUUUCUGGGUUAGCGGAGUCUGUAACCUGAAGCGUCUGUAACCUGAGAUACCACUGUAUAUGGUGGGGUCUUCCUCUCUUGUGCACACACACAACUUUGAAAGAAUAUAACAGAUGCCCCCUGUCAUUUGACAGGGGAAAGGCAUGCUUGCUUGGUACUGUACAGGAGAGUUUGAUAAUAGCAUGGGCCUUUGGACCUGGCUACUUUAAAAAGUAAUGGCCCUUAAGAAUGAAUAAGCCUUGUCUUAAGUGGAGAAAAUAGCACCAAGCAGAGACAGAAAUUGUGUCUGCUUGGCAGUUGUUUUCUUGAGGUUUUCCUCCCUGCUAGCCUCAUCCUCCUUACACUGCAUAUUUAAUGCUUUCUGAUUCACAGAAAUAAGACUUGAUCACAGAUCCCGGUGAAGGACUGCUUGGCAAAGGACUGCUUGCAUAGUCUAGGUGACCUUGGUUGCUUGGAAGUAUGCAGGGAGGGUGAUUGUACCAGUUCUUAAAGAAAUUUCACAAACUUUGUAGUAGCAAACCAGGUUUUGCCAUGCUGACUGGGGUGAUGUAGUCCAAAAUAUCUGGAAGACAGCAGGUUGGGGAAGUCUGGUCUAUUCCAUUUAUUAGACCAAGAUUGUUAUAUCUACACUGGGCAAUUGUAUUUUUUUAGUGCGUGAAAUAUUUCCAAGGACAUUGUUUGGAUAACUGCAAGGUAAAGUAAUGUGUGUUUGAAGGGGGUACCUGUGUAUCACUUUUGUAAUUUGGACUUUUAUAGAUGGUACUUUGCUUGGUAUUUUAUUUUUUAUUUUUUUACAAUAGCUCACUCUACCCUUGCCUCGUUGUCUAUUCCAGGGCUAUGACGAUGCUUAUGCAGAGCAAAGUUACGAAGGAUAUGAAGGCUACUACAGCCAGGGUCAACAGUAAGUGCUUCCUUUUGAUUACUUAGAAUCAAGUUGGAAGAGGACUUGGUGGGUAAUUUUGUCCAACCCCCUACAAUGCAGAAAUAUGCAGUUGGCUCAUACAGGGAUCCAAUCCACACCCUUGGCAUUAUUAGCAUCACGUUCUAACCAACUGAGCCACAUUAGUACUUAAUUGCCCUGUGUCUUCAGCAGAAAACAAGCAUAUUGUGCUUGUGUGCACUUCUACAUCUAUACCAUGAGUAUCUGUGUUACAAGGAUCAGCACUGUCCAGCAUUCCCUGGGCCUUGAGUGAUUGGGUAACUACAGCCUUAGCAAAGCACUGUGAUCCCCAAAAGUCAGGUAAAGAGCCCCAUCACAUCCACUAAGCCUUGGCCUCAUUGGCAUGGACUUUUCCUUUACUGUUUGUGAAGAUAGCUGGGCCUGUGCUCCUUCUUCCCUUACAACUUUAGCUAAUGGACAGUAUUGCAAGGAAGCAUAGAAUCUGGUCUAGGGAGUCCCUAACUAUUGAAAGCACGUCCACAUUACCCUCUCUGUGAGAUAGAUGGUCAUUUGGACCAUCCUAAAUAAUAACAGCAUGAUGAUUAGAAAGAUACAUCACCUCAAGGGGUAAUAAUAAUAAUAAUAAUAAUUAAUAAUAAUAAUACUCCGUCUUGUUAUUGCAGGGAAACAGAAUAUUAUGACUAUGGACAUGGUGAAGCACAGGAAUCUUAUGAAGCGUAUGGUACGUCUGCAUGCUCUGUUGCCAUGGCAGAAGCAGAACUCUGUGUUCAAUGUAUUUUAGUCAGUUAUUUUUUGCCUUGAAUGCAAAAGAUAAAAAGGUUAUCAUGAUCUAAGUUUUUUGAGAGGCAGUAUGUAGGAUAUAACGAGUCUUUUCAGCUGAGAACAAAUCUGGAGAUCUUGCCUUUAGCUGAUGUUACUCUGAAAAUGUCCAAUAAUCUUAAGAAUAUACUGGCUAUCUUAGUGCAAUGAAAAUGUUUACUAGAAAGUCUAAUUACCAGUGAGUUUUAUCCCAAGUUUUCAUUCUGCACCAAGAAAUCAGAGCUGUUAUUGUUCUGCUAACCACUAGAAAGUGCAAGACACUCAGCAGGGAAUAAUAAAGCCCUGUGGUCUUCUCUCUUUCAUUUUUAACUUGCAAGAUUUCAGCUGACAUUUUGUCACACAUUCUAGACCAUUUUUAAAUGCUUAAAGCUAAGGACUGUAUGUGUGUAUCUUUGUAAAGGAAAGGUUGGAUUUCUCAGGAUGCUGAAUUCUUUGCCAAUAAUUCCAUUCCACAUUGGCACAGUACAGUCAUGAAAUCCAUGAAGCUUUAAAUAUCACCAGUAUGAGACAAGAAGUAUUUAGCUGCCAAAGAAUUCUCGGAUAAGUAUGAGGAAGAUAAAAAUGAGAGCUCCUUGCAACUCUAAGAAGGUUUGUCCCCUUCUACACUGAGAUAUUGGCAACUAUGGAAACAGCUUUCUGGUCGUGACAAUCUUUGUGAAAGAUUGUCAGUGUUUCCAUUUAUCUGUCCUCUUCCUUUGGGUUGACUAAGCAUUAUUUCUCUGCCUCUUCAGUAUUACUGUUACAUCCUCUGAUUUUCCUGACUGAAGGGACCAAACUUCCUCUGGGCCACUGGGCAUGACAAUGCUUCUCUUAAUUAGUUCAGUUGUAACUAAUUUUAGUGUAUGUGCCUGCUUUCCUGUGGACAAAAUGAGAAAAAUAACUUGUGUGAGCCAGCCAUGUUGAAUUAGAAGUGUGAAGUUUUAGCUAGUCAGAAGAGGAUGGAUUUCAACAAAAUUAAUUUUGUCUUGUUUUUGAAAGGAACCUGGUACUUUUCUGGUGUUUCAUUUCCCCCAAAACUGUUAAUAUUCCUCCUUAUUAUGCCUUCUAUGUUUGGUGAAAAUAAUAGUUUCCUACUGCACCUGAGGACUGUAUUGUCUCCUGUUGGGCAUGUGCAAGGAGGGUAUGUUUGGAUGGCACAUGAUGCAGCUUGCUGAAGUCUGGUCUGGUCAGUCCUUUGGAUAGGAAGACAUCUUGGAAACCCCGAUGCCACCUUGAGCUCUGUGAUGAAAGAGAGGCGAGAUAGAACUUGUACUACAUUUUAAAAGUAUUUUCUCAGGGCAACAAAGGCUAUGAUGGUAACACAUUAGGGCAGACAACUAAACCCCUCAGUUGAAGCUGUCCACUUAUAGAGAAGCAUGCAUCCUUUAAAAAUAUAUGUUCCAUUAAUAAACUACUAGGAGUGGAGUUGUGUGCAUCAAAACUUUGGCCAAUUCUGUGUUUUGAUUACCUGCAAUGAGCCAUUUUGACUCAUGAUGAUUUGUGCAAGACUUCUGUGUCUUGCCAGCUCUGAAUAGCACUUCACAUACACUCCAGUUCCUUCCAAAGCACCAUUUGGUAGCACACUGAAAUCUAUGCCUAGGUUUCUUUUCAGGGAUAUUUGCUAACACCAUGAUUCAUGAAAAGCAAAACAGCUGUCCUUUUUCUGCUGUCUACAUGCGCUAUUUUCUUUCCUGCAGGUCAAGAUGAUUGGAAUGGAACAAGGCCCUCGCUCAAGGCCCCUCCGACUAGGCCAGUGAAGGGAGCGUACAGAGAGCACCCAUACGGACGCUAUUAAAGCAUACAUGAGGGGGAAAUAUCACUUUUGAGCAAACAGUUGUUUCUGAUUCUUGUAUCUCCCAGGAUUCCUGUUGCUUUACCCACAACAGACAAGUAAUUGUCUCCCUGAUUUUUCUCUGGCUCCCUUUUUCUCCCACCUCCAUCCUCCCCCACCACUGACCUUGCAUUCUGGCUUCUGUAUGUAGUAUUUUAAAAUAAUUUAGAUUUAGAAGACUGAAUUCAAUUUUUAAGUGUGUAGAUGGCUUUUUUUUUCUCUGUUUAGAUAUAUAAACACAACUGUACCUUUAAAAAGAAAAAGUUGAGGUAAAAAAUGUUAGUUUCCAAAGUGACAUGCUUGCUUAACAGUUAUGAAAUUAAAGUUUGUUAAUCUUUAAGUAUUUUUUGUUUUUUAGGCAACCCAUAAAAGUUGUAGUUGCAGAAUCCCAAAAGUAGGCUACAUUUCAAAAUUCAGGGUUGGCUUUUAAUGACUUAAAAUCAUAAUGUAAUGGUAGCAACUGCCGCAGUUUAAAAAGUAAGCUCAAAUGUCAACACUUUGCCCUUAAAAGCAGAUUGCUUGAUUAAUCUUAAGUUUAAAUGUUAAUAGAAAGAAUUCUCCUUAACAGAUAAAACAGUAAUUUUUUUUCUCAAUCAGUUUAACUUUUUAAAAAAAAUUAGGUUUGUAACAUUGACCAUGUGGGUUUUGAAAUCUAGCCCCAGUGUUGAGAUGCUAGUGACGGACGUUCUCCAGCAAAAGGUGUUCUUGGCUUAAUUCUGCAUGAAGAAUUUUUAAGAGAAGUGGACAUCUAGCUGCUCUGUAAUUUUUAUAUUGCUCUAACUGCCCAGUGUUUUGAUAUUAGGAAGUAUUAAAUGAAUAGCUGUGCAUUGUGUCUCUCUCUUUUUUCUUUUCUUUUUUCUUAAAGGAAAAGCUGAACACUUGAGUGUUUGCAGUACAUAAUACAGCUCAGGCUUAAAAUUGGCAAAACUGUAAAGCUUUUAGCCAUUCCAAUGACAUGUUCAAGUGCGUCUCAACACUAGCUUUAUGUUAAAAAGGGACAUUGCAGCUGAAAAAAGCAAGGAGCUUCAUUUUGUACAUAGAUUUGUACACUGUUCUCCCAUUUUGUUCUUGGAAGAUUAAAUGCUACUACUUGUGUAAGCCUGCCUAAAUAGGUAGCUAAAAUUUGUCAAGAUGUCUGCAGCAGUUUGUCAAUAAAGUUUAGUCCUUUUUUAAUCAAAGUAAAUGUGAUGAAUUGUCAUUUUUUUUUUAAUUUUGGUCAAGCAGUAAAAUAGAUUGUCCUCUUUCAAUUAAUUUAAAUUAAUGCUAAAGUACUUGGUCUGUUUUUUUAAAAAGAAGUUCUCUUAAAAUCCGAAGACGUUUUUAAAAUGGUAUGUUCUGAAAGUUUUAAAACUUUACCAAGCUGAGUAAGCUUAAUUUUAAAACAAAAUUGUUUUUCACCCCCUGGAAGUUGAGCAGUUGUGCCAGAAACGGGGCUCCAAGUGGCAACAUCAGUGUUCUGUUCCACUGAAGGGUUGAGACAUCUGCUGGCUUUUUAUCUUUAGUCUGCGGACAGCUGCUUCUGCACCAGCCCCUUUGUAGCUGCUAUUGAUUUCAAAAGGGCAGAGUGGCCUUGCGCAAGCCCCAUUCAUUUUGGUGACACCUGCGCAAGGAAUGUCCCCAGGGGAUUGUGCCCUCUGCAGAGAGGCGGAAAUUGUUGAUCCAAAAGUAACUUUCAUCAAAACAGUGUGACUCCAAAAGCCUUUUUCACAGAUAGAAAAGAAGACUUCUUCCUUCUGCUGCAUCCACAGAUUUCCCUCUCCUCAGACUGCCUGCUUUUCAGGGCGGCAUUCCUUGGGUUCCAAAGCAAUUACAAAGUGGUGGCUUAUGUAGGGAGCAGGCAGAUUGUUCUCAAUAGCCCGUUAGGAAAGGCACAUAAUGCAGCUUUGCUAACUGCCCACCUGUCCACACGUCCCCACGUUAGUGAUUUGCUGCCUUCAAAGAAAAUCAGCUUCCCUGCCUGGUUGUCUGGAGGAAAGUCUCACUCACUGCAGAUGACCAGGUUAAACAGCUGUUGACAAGCCUGGCAUGAUAGCAGAACUGACUGCUGUGAAGAGCUGGUGGCUUGUACUUACUCUCCCUUCUUGGCAAAAUUUAAAAUCGAGUAUUCACUGGGAAAGAACUGCUUGGGGGUGAAAAAAAAGUCCACUGUUACUGUCAAAUUGCUCAUAGCAGUGCAUGAUUGAGGGAAGCUACUUUUAAAAGCCAAAAAGAGUUGUAUUUGUAGAUUGUUAUUUUAAAAAAAUGUAAAUAACUGAAUUUUCCACAAUGGUUUGGAGUCAGCUUUCAGGGCUUAAUGUCUUGCUUGAUGAAAAGAACGCCCAAAACCCCCCUUUUAAAGGAAAAUUAUCGCAGGAGAAUUCAGGAUGUCUUAAAGCUAACAUGCACCGAAAAACUCAAAAGGUAACCUAAAUGUCUGAUUUUAAUGGCACAUUUCUUUUACAUAAAAUGUGACGGCAACUUGCAUAAACUUUUAUUACUGAAGAAGUUCUUCAAAUGUUAAUUUUAAAUGUAAAAUCUUGUUUAAAAAAGAUGGUUUAAAAAUAGAUACUUAAAAUACAUCCACUUGCUUAUGCAUAAAUUAGCAAUAAUGUUUUAAUACUUGUGCCCUUUGUCAUUUGCAAUGGACCGUAACCUUGGGCAAAAAAAAAAAGCAAAAAAAAGCAAACAGAAUCGAACCUUAAAUAUCAAAAAUGGAUGUAGCUAGUCCUCUGUGUUUACCAACAAAAUCUACUCAGUUAUUCAAGUAAAACUCUGGCCCUUAUUGACCCAGUAUUGCUGUUCACUAUAUUAAAACAUUUAGUACUUAGGUAUUAAGUUGCAUGUGUUGGUUUUUUCCCCCCUAGAGCAGUGGUACCUAAUUGGUGGUCUGUGGACCCCAGGGUCUGCUAACCCACCCAGGGGGUCCAUGGCACCGUUCACAUAACAAAACUACCCUGGAGAUAACAAAAAAAUCAAAAGUAAGGGAUCCAUGGCUUAGCUUUUGAAAAACGGGGUUCACAGUACUUAGCUAAUUGGGAACCACUGCCCUAGAGUUUUGAAAUUGCAUGCCAAGAGUGUAUCAACACUUGUUUUGAUUUGUGAGUUGUUAUGAAGAUGCUUACUACUCUUCUCUGUUUGCAGGAGGUGCUCUGCUGUUGGGUUGAAAAUGACUUUUGCUGAGGACGAGUUGGGUAUGCUAUUCGGCUGUUUCUACUUUUCCGGUUUUGGAACAAAGAACUUUUGUAUCUCAUAUAAGCUACAUUUGCAUGACCAGUCACUUCGGUUCAAUAAGGCUGUGCUGACGCUUAACUCGUCAUUUAGCCAAAACAGGCCAAAAAUCAAGACAGAAGGAUGGGCAAGGCUGUGUAUGCAAUGGUUUAAAAACAAAUACUCAGUUUUGACACUAUGGGAAGUGUCAAAAUGCAAAACAUUGCUUAUUUUGCAUAGUUCACUCUAGUCUGGGGAGGGUCAGUCACUGAAGCCCCAGACCCAAAUAUCAGACAUAUUAUUCACCUCUCUGGCUUCUGAAACUGUAGCAGGCACUUCAAGCAUACUUUGAAAUCUUCAGGAAGCUAAAAUAUUUGCACCUUCUGCUUGUUUCUAAGUGCCUGUGGGAUUAUGUCGCACAGAACACGAAUACAGCCUGCCCUUCAGGAACGAUUUUGGAGCUGUUUGUCCAUGUGAAUGUUGCCAACCCCAGUUGACACUUGAUUCCUUCUCCCAUUGCCUUUAAAGCAAUUGGCAGGUUCUCCUAAGACAGGUGUGGGGAAUUUGUUGACUCACCAGGUGCGUCAGCCCCAGCUUCCAUGCCUAACAAUCAAGAGUGAUAUCUAAUCCUGCAGUGCUUGGAGGGGGGGCACCAGUGGGUCUCCCUUGUCUGAAAAAUUUGUGGCAGUUAGGACAUGAAGCCUUUGCUGGCCAAAGGAAAGUGCCGGAAAAGAAAAUAGGAGAGAGAUUGCCACAGUAUACAGCUGUGAGGUCACCAAUUACCUACUGCCGAACCUCUGCAUCUUCUCAGCUGAUUAAUUAGCAUCUUGAACUUGGCAGCGGGCCCACACUUCCCAGCCAAGCUAGAUGAUCUUAUGAAUAGGUCAUUCAACCACAGUGGCCCCUCACUGACCAAUAAUGACCUAGCAGAGAACUUAAGCUAGUAAAGCAUUUUACAUGCUACAAAAAUUAUAUAAAUUACUGUUUUCAUAGAGUUGUAGAGUUGAAAGCACAUAUGGGUUGUUCAGUAUGUUAGGGUGUGAACCAUUGACUAAUGGAAGAGCUCCCUCUAGUGGCUUCAGAAUGAUCACUUAACUAUCUAGCUUGUUUCUUCCCGCUCAGAUCCAAAGAAAACAACACUGCAAGCUGGGAAGAAACUAUUGAUAAAACAACUGAGGGAAACUAUUUAACAGGCAGGACCACAGUGAGUCGAUACUGGACCUUUCUGAGCAAUGUGCCCAAAAGACGAGCUCCCCAAACCUAGAAUGCUGGCCCCAAAUCAGGCCAGGGUUUAUCAUGGGAAGGGGGGGAAAUUAUGAGCCAGAAAACCUAGCUUUUCCAUUACAAUAAACUGGGCAAACAGAAUGCUCGAAUCUGCCUUCUCCAACCUGGUACCCCUCAGAUGUUUUGGAUCACAACUCUCAUCAUCCCAAGCCAGCAUGGCCAUGGGGACAAUCAGAGAUGUAGUCCGUGGCCCCAGGUUUGGGAAGACUUUGCACUGGGAUAGUGUGUGACCCAAAAUCAUCCAUUGCUGAGCAUAGAUUUGAAGCUGAGUCUCUGCAGUUGGAAGCUCUAACCAUUACAUCACAUUGAUUGGGUACUUUUUUUGAGACACAGCAUGAUUCUUGAAAGAUUUCCAAAUUAACUCUGUUGCAGUUCUUCUUUUGAGGUUGCAACCCAGCAAGACUGUAUGUGUGCAUGGGAUGAAUAUGUAGCUAGAAGAGUUGUCCCUUCGCCAUGUAGGUAUAUUACAAACCUAUACGUCUUCAGCACUGCCCUCCAUAUUUGCUGUGAAUUUAGGGGCCCUGGAAACCCUGACCUAAAGGAACUACAAUAUGAGAACCAUUGACAUACUUCUUGCAGCAUAAUUUACUGGUUACAUCUUGAGUUUCAGUAAUUCUCUCCUAUUUUUCUCUAAUAGAUGGAAUCAUCAAAUACAAGAAGAGGCAACAUUAUUAUGAGGCACAUUUUUACCAAGAAGUGCUCUUUGGAAAAUUUCUAAUCUCUGUAAACUAUAUGUGUACUGGGGCAUCAAAGACCUGUUUUCAGUUCGUUCAGUUUUGAGUCUGGGAUCCUUUAAGUUCAGUUUAAAUAAUCCUCACACUAAUCCUAAAACUUGGAAGUGCAUGUGAAAGAACAUGUAGAAUACAGGGUACAUUUUGUGCUGGCACAAGUUCACUACAACAUUCAUUGCAGGCAAACAAGUCAGUGUACAUCUGUUUAUUGCUGGACCAUGAAGUAGAUGAGCCCCAGAUACAUUAUUUGAGUGUGCUGUGGAAUUGAGUACAUUUUAAUAAAGGUACUCCAUUUUUUUAAAAAA